CGGAGUGGUUAACUGAACUACCACUUCAGAGAUUAGGCUUCCGGUUGGUGAUGUCUCUAUCAAAGAUUUAAUAAUAAUAGAUUAAAGAAUUAAUAUUUGAAGCAGUUUACUAUUUGAAAUGAAGAGAAGCGAGCACAAACAGUCUCCAAAAUGUGAAGGUUCUAAAAGUAAUGGCCCUAAUCGCAAACAAGAUGCCCAAGAAAACAAGAGGAGACCUGCAUCAGCAAAGAGCAAACCAGAGACAAAGAAAACGCAUGAACCAUCUACUAGUAAACAAGGUCAACCAACAGAUAAAAGCGAAAAACAGAGGUCUUCAGUCACAUACUUGAUCAAAAAGCAACCAGUUGAAUGUGAAAAAAAGAAGUUUCCAGCCAAAACAGCGGACAAGAAGCAAGCCGACAAAUGCGAAAAAGAGAAGUCUUCAUCUUCACCAGUGGAAAAAAAGCACACCGAUAAAAAAGAAAAACAGAAGCCUGCAGCCCAAAAAUCGGACAAAAAACAAACGGAUAAAAGCGAAAAACAGAAGUCUCCAGUCACUUCAGUGGACAGAAAACAAACCGAUAAAAGUGAACAACAGAAGCCUCCACCCAAAACAUUGGACAAGAAGCCUACAGAUAAAUGUGUAAAAGAGAAGUCUCAAUCAACAUCAUUGGACAAAGAAACUGCCAAAGACCGCAUCCCUGUCAAUACAGUUAUUAGAGAAAGAUUCAGUGGACAUCAAGACAAAUGCAAACUUUCCAUGGAAGAAGUAUCACCCGCUGCAAAAACCAUCAAUAGCUUUAUCGACGACUUUAUUCAAAAACUGAAAGAAAUAUCUACUCUUAAUUGGAACAGUUUUAGAUCUGGGUCCUAUUAUGACAAAACAAAGAACUGCCAUCCAGAUGAAUUUGAUAUAAUGUUUUAUCCUGAACUGUCUGUUGAAGUGGAUUUCGAUGACAUGAAAAUCCCUGGCUUUUAUAAGGUUAAGAUGGUGUCACCAAGAGUGCCGGAAUUAGAACAUGUGUUGGACAAGGAUCGGUAUAUUGUGCCUGAUAAAUUCAAAAAGUAUGUUUUUGGAUUGUUUGAUCGGGUAUUAGGGCCAGACGGGAUUCGACAAGGACGAAGAACAAAAAGGAAGUCAACACUAAACCCACGUAGUCCAGCUUACACAGUUUAUUAUGAUGCAUUCCCAGGGAAAAGUUCGAUCGAUAUUGAUCUUGUUCCUAGCUUUUAUAUUACUGGAUGGCCACCAGAGAAAAUAGCUAGAAAGAUAAAUCCAUCAUGGAUAUCACUUGACGAUGUCGUCAACAAAGCAAUGAUAUCUUAUGAUGUUGUUUGCAAAACCUGUCCUGAAGGUGCGGCUGACAAAAACCUACUUUUUCGAUUAUCUUUUUCGAGAACAGAAAAAAUGCUCGUCAAACAUGCAAACAGUGCAGACAAACUGAAUUUUAAAAAGACUGCUUUUCGGUUUAUAAAAUUGUGUAUUCAAGAUUUAAAAGAAAAACAUCCUAGAAAAGUUGAAAAGUUUUGUUCCUAUCAUAUCAAGCAAUUCAUGUUUUCUCAGUAUGACACAUGGCCAACAAGGGAGAGUGAAGAAGUUCGUAUCCAGAGAUGUCUUAUAGGAGAGCUAAUUAAAACGUUAAGUCUACCAACACCUACAAUCCUGAACUAUAUCAUAAAAAAUGACAAUGUUAUCAGAUAUGUAUCAAGCGAAGAAAUUGCAGUAAUUGUUAAAGGAUUGCAGGAAAAAUUCAAGUUACUUCAUUGACAGAAUUAUUAUUCAUAAUGUGCACUGCUCUUUUAAUAUAAUUGAUAUCUACUAAAUUGAAUUGAAAUUCUGUCUGAUUUAUGUUAAUUUUCCAAUAUGUGCAUGUUUUUUAUAAAUAAUACGAUAAUGAAUAUUUUAAAACCGUAACUCUGUAUCUAAUGGCAUUGUUCAAAUCAAGAUUGAAAUGCAACGCCUCGAUAUUAAUGGCAUAAUGUUUCCAUACAUGUGUCCAUCCUUAUAUUUGUCCAUUAUUUUGUUCCGUUUCUCAAUAAAGUUUUGGUUUAAUACA